CUGCUCCUGACGUGUCUGUAACUUGACUGUGGUCCUCUGGAGCAGCAGCAGCGGGACUGACAGGAUGAGAGGAGCCAGUGCUGGAUCUAUCUGAUCCGUUGCCCCGGUGUAGCCUACCCUCGGUGUUGCACAGUCUACCGCCCGGCCUGGCACGGCCUGGCACGGCACGGCCCGUCCUGCCGCUGUUCGACGCUCCGCGCCCGCCACUCGAUCCCAUCGAUCCUGUUUGUGUCUGCUGGAGGAUGCGACGGGCCCGCGGUGCUCUGCGCACUGUGCAAAACAUCGAUCAGCUGGAGCAUCAACAACCAGAAUCGAUCGGACUAAUCGGAUCAUAUAAACACUAGUAUCAUUAAUAUUAUUAUUAUAUUGUUAUAUAAGUCAAAGGGAAUAAGAGGCAUCGUGCGGGCAGCGUCGGUGUCGGACAACCCUCCAUCCUCUCUCUGCCAGCCCUGUGUCUUGGUGUGAUGGCUGUGUCCCCGGUGCUUCCUCUGUCUCUGCUUCUCCUGUCCCUCCACACUCCCAGCACAGCGUCUCCGUCCUGCCCUGUGAGCUGUCGCUGCUACAGCCUCACUGUGGAGUGUGGUUCCACCGGCCUCAAGGACAUCCCUAAACACGUCCCUCUGUCCACACAGACCGUCUUCCUCCAGGACAAUGUGAUCGGUCAGAUCCGUCGACAUGACUUCACUCUGCUGAGGCACCUGCACUACCUGUACCUGCAGAACAACAGCAUCUCAGCAGUGGAGCCGGGCUCCUUCCAGAACCAGGGCCAGCUGUUGGAGCUGGCUCUGAAUGGGAACCGGGUCCACCUGGUGACAGCUGACAUGUUCCAGGGACUCGAACAUCUCCGCAUUCUUUACUUGGCAGGAAAUGACAUCACACGUCUGCUGGACUACACUUUCCGUGGCUUACAGCGCCUGCAGGAGCUCCAUUUGCAGCACAACAGCAUAGAGAUGUUAGCAGACCAGGCUCUCGUUGGUUUGACCUCCCUGGCUCUGCUGGACCUGAGCAGGAAUAACCUUCACACCAUCGGCCCUGCGUCCCUGCGCCCUCUGGUCAGCCUGCAGGUGCUGCGCAUCACAGACAACCCGUGGCGCUGUGACUGUGCUCUGCACUGGCUGCGGAGCUGGAUCGAUGAGGAGGGCCAGCGGCUGCUCAGCUCCGCAGAGCGGCGCCUGGUCUGCACCGAGCCACCGCGCCUAUCCCACCUCAGCCUGGUGGAGGUCCCCCUCAACAGCCUGGUGUGUAUCCCUCCACUGGUGCAGCUGGAGCCCAGGAGGCUCGCUGUGCGCCUGGGAGAGAGCCUCAGGGUGUCGUGCCAUGCCUCGGGCUACCCUCGGCCACAGGUGACGUGGAGAAAGGCGUCCCAGGGGAAGGUGGUGCUCUCUCCCAGAGGCCUGGUGCAGGAGCUGGGUGCUGGAGGAGGGGCAGCGGGGGGGGCAGCGGAGCCGUCAGAGGAAGGCCGGGUCAGUCUGCAGAAGGUUGCCGGCGAGCGCUUCGACCCCGACACCGGCAGCGGCAUGCUGUUCCUCAGCAACGUGACUGUCGCUCACGCGGGUUUCUACGAGUGUGAAGCCUGGAACGCGGGGGGUGUGGCCAGAGUGACCUUUCAGCUCGCCAUCAACUCCACCACUUCCUCAUCCUCCUCCUCCAUCUGGGCCUCGUGGUCCCAGGUGUCGUCUCCGUACUCGCCGGCCUGGCCCCGGCUGAGGAGCCACAGCCCCGCUGUGGGCUCCGAUGUGAGCCGCGAGCCGCUCUACGCCCUGGGCAGCAUGGCCUUCAGCGCUCUGGGAGCGGCCACGCAGACGGCCAUCGCUGUGGGCAUCUCGCUGCUCGCCCUCACCGCCCUGCUGCUGCUCGCCAUGAUCUACAGCCGCCAGCAGCAGCCUGACAAGGACGCGGAUGGAGCUGAGAAGGUGAUGAAGGUGAACUGUAACCUGCAGGAGGAGAGCAUCCUGUAUGUGAAUGACUACUCGGACGGCCCCACCACCUUCGCCCAGCUGGAGGAGUACCGGGACGAGCGCGGCCAUGAGAUGUACGUCCUCAACAGGGCCAAGCCCGUGUUGCCCCCUGCCCCCCCCACAGCCGUCUCCACCACUAACUUGGGCUGCUCAGCUCCAUCUGAAACCUCCAGCCACACCCUGUCCUCGGGGCCGGGCCAGACCACCAGCCCCACUCUGGCCCCCAACAAAAAGCUCCAGCAGGAGGGCGACAUACGGACCAUGAGGAGAAUGGCGGGGGAGGGAGGGGAAGCAGAGCCUGUGAUUACUUCCGAGGCAGAAGGGAUGUUUCUUAAUCACACAGGUCUGUUCAUGGACUCUCAGAUCGCCUACGAGAUCCACUGCUGAAGCGGAGAGAAUCAACUGCAACACAGAGGCUUUGUGUGUGAAUCCUUUUUAUUACUCCUCCACAGUGAAAUGCUCAUAUUGGAGAAGGGUUACAUAAAUGCCCUACAGUCAAAGACCCGUUUAACUGGGCUCAGGUAGAAGCUGAGUCGCACACAACAGAACUGUCCUGUACAUGAACUUCUGGCUCAGCAUUUAUCAGCUACUUUCACACCAGAAACCUUUCAGCAUCAUUGCAACACCUGUCCUCUCGAGAACUCUGAAGGCUCCAGUUUGCAGGGUGAGUCUAACGAAAGGGGGACAUCAUGGAAUCUUCCUUUUCAUGAGCAUGUAGGAACCGAAGUGUGUUUUACAGCUGUUGUUGUUAAUGUCUGGACAGGCUGUUGAGCAUCUGAAGGCAGUACAGUGGGGGUGGGACAGCAACUGCUAAAUUUUGUAAUCAUUUAUUUCAAUGUUUGGGGAAGGGGUUAAAUCACCACCAUGAUGGAAGUCUUAAUCUCAAAAUCAUGAAACUGUUAACACAUCGGGACUGUUACAGUGGCAGAAAAGGAUUCAGCCCAAUCAACAGUGCAGAAUAUAGUCCGACACCAGAAAAAGAUAAGAAACUGUAGAAAGAAAUAGCAUUUAAAUAUUAAAAGUGAGGCCAACAUAAAUUGUUGGCAUGACUGCAUAGUGCGGUGGCUCUGUGAGCUCAACAUUUUGCAAAUUAAAGCUGGAGUGCAGAACGUCUGUGUCCUUCCUGUUGGCAGUGAGUGUACCUGCCUGUUAGGGUAUUGGGUAGUACAGGUAAACUGAAGUACCGUGUAACCAAUCAGAGAGCCUGAAUCAGCAGGUGAAGAACGGUGGAGUACCCGCUUGGAUCCGCGGGAUCAAACUUUGCUCCUUAUGUGAAGGCAGCCAAGCGCUCUCCAAAAAACCAUGGCAACGCUUCUGUGCACCACUUCCCGUACAACUGGGUUCUUUAUAGCUUAGCUCAAGUAAAAACUACAGGUAAUGUUACCUGAUACAUCCGGUCAGUACAGAUACACUGCAUUGGCAUUCUUCCAGCCACAGAUACCACACACCACAACUCCAGUCUGCUGAGGAACACAGAGAGCUUUCCCAGGCAGCGAUGGGCUUCAUCAGCAUCCUGUGAACUAGAUUCGCCAUGGCUGGAAAGUAAUGGACGUUCAUUAAUAUGUAAUUCUGCACACGGCAAAUACAGAAACACACUGCAAAUACAUACACUGCACAUACAAAAACACACUGCAAAUACAUACACUGCACAUACAGAAACACACUGCAAAUACAUACACUGCACAUACAGAAACACACUGCAAAUACAUACACUGCAAAUACAAAAACACACUGCAAAUACAUACACUGCAAAUAC